CUCUCCCACUAACACGUUUCCUCUUCUCAUUCACUCACUCACUCACUCAUUUCCUACACUCGCAUGAAGCCUAGGCCUCAUCACAAGCAAUCAGAUAUGCCCGACCAGUUCGAUACGCCCGGCAGUGGGCAACUCCAUAACUCCAACAUUCCACAAGGUGCUAGGGGAGUUGGUCACCAGGGCGGUUACAACACACAAGAUGAUAUCUUCGAGGACGACGAUGGAGAUGGAGUACCACAGGUGCUCUUCACUCGAUCAUCCUCACGCGAGAAGAAUUGCAACAACAAGCGGCGCAAACGCAUUAGUGAAAUACUCAACACCGUUAUUAAAAAUGCCUACCCGGACACUUAGGAGCCCACUACUAUCGCAGGCGAUUCCCAGCCGGACGGCGAGAACCACAUCAGCCUGGACCUCCUCCUUGAUUUGCACGACAUUAACGCCCUUAUUAAAUAAAUAGGGGCUACGCAGUUCCAGAACUCUAUACAGCUCCAGGCGUGGAUUAAUUAGAACCCCUGCCUAGCCUUCCGCUUGUUACACUC